AUGGCGUCACAGCUUCUUGUUUGGGGCUUUUGCAGCGGCCUCCUUCGUCCAAGCCCCGUCGGUCAUCUGGCUGUGGCGGGGCCUGAUCUGCGCAGUGCUGGUGGAUCUCUCCUCCCACCAAUGAAUGACCUUCGCCCUGCUCGAACUCCUACCCGGGUCUCUUCGGGGCCUUUUUUCCCUUCGUCAGCCGCGACGGACUCGCCGAUUAUGUCGUGCACCUCUACGCCUCUGUCAGACGAGGCGCCGUGGCCGUGGGCUGAAUCAGCGUUGCAUCGGGCGUUCGUAUACCUAUGCCUAGUAUGUACCAAGCGAGACGAUAUGUACGGUAAAGAUGGCUACCCUGAUGACAACAAUCAUGAAAUCGCACAAUCCUCUUUCAAAGCCUUGAUGGAACCCCUUGAUAUCAAUCGUUCGUACGCCCACAUACUCCGUACAUACUACCAGCCAUACAAGCCCGCACACCUAUUGUUACUAGUCAGUACAAUCAUGAUCGAACCGGGCCGGUCCUACGAUACGACUAUGACACAUACGGAGUACCCGCAUAUUCACCGGUGGAUCUGUUUCAGCCUACUAAUUACGCGCCGGUCUGCCCCCAAGCACACGGACCGUGCCCGUGUUGUGGAGGUCCGUUGA